GCAUUCCGGCUCCAUCAUUGUGUCUACAGGAGCAGCCAGCACCACAGAGACAAACCUCGUUUACCUUUAGUAAACCAACCCGUGUCAUUUCACACAGCAACCAUCGCUAGAUUCGGCAGAGGAGGACCUCUGAAUUAUGAAGCAAUGCUCCGCCGGACCCUCUCUCUCCUGCUCUAGUUACCACAACUCCUGCUGCUGCCGCUGCUAGUGGUUUGGCUGCCUUCUAAAGGGACAAAAAGGAGAAUUUGCAGUCCUCAUCAGCUGUUGUCUAGUCACAUAUGGUGCAUCGUUUGAAUUCCCGAGUCGACAUCCCUACCGCUCAGCUUCUUGCCACCCUGUGGCACUCAUAGGAUUCAUCAACACGGGAUAUAAAAAAAAAAAAAAAAGCGUGUGCUCUUGUUUUGCCUGGAUUGCACACGCUAAAGGCCUUUUUUUUUUAGUUUUUCCUCUCCACUGCCACACGGGUGGUGGCAGGACAUCGUAGGCCAUGGAACCCAAUAUGGAGUACUGUCUGACUCAGGUGCUACAGAAGGAUGUGGCCCGCAGGUUGCAGAUGGGUCCGGAGCUCAUCGACUACAUCACAGAUUCAGACAAGUGUCACGACCUGGAGAGUGACCAGACUGCGCUGGAUAAAAUGGUGGACGGUAUCGCCACAUCUUGGGUUAACUCCAGCAACUUCAAGUUGGCUUUGUUGGGAAUUGACCUCCUAUCUGCCUUAGUGACAAGAUUACAGGACCGAUUUCGGCACCAAGUUGGUACAGUUUUACCCAGCUUGAUAGAUCGGUUAGGCGAUGCCAAAGAUCAAGUCAGAGACCAAGAUCAAAUCCUGCUGCUGAAGAUCAUGGAGCAAUCAGCUUCACCUCAGUACAUAUGGGACAGAAUGUUGGGGGGUUUCAAACACAAAAACAACCGGACCAGAGAGGGAGUCUGCCUCUGUCUCAUUUCAACUCUGAGCACAUACGGUGCCCAAGGCUUGACUCUGAGCAAAAUUGUACCACAUAUAUGUAAUCUACUCGGAGAUCCUACAAGUCAGGUUCGGGAUGCAGCCAUGAGCUGCCUUGUGGAAAUAUACAGACAUGUUGGAGAGAAGGUUAGGAUUGACCUUAGCAAAAAAGGACUGCCGCAAUCAAGGUUGAAUGUAAUUUUCAGCAGAUUUGAUGAAGUCCAAAGAUCCGGGAACAUGAUCCCCUCAUCAGGUUCAGAUAAGAACUUUGAUGACGAAGACUCUGUGGAUGGGGGCAGGUCCUCCUCCUCUACCUCUUCUAAGGGCUUCUCCAGCAGCAGGAGAGGGGGCAGCAUGGGCUCGAUGAGACGACCCAGUUCUGCCUCUGGAUCCAGGGCUACAGGGAAGGACAGUGUCAGUGCAGGAGGUGUGGAUGAAGAGGAUUUUAUCAAAGGUUUUGAAGAUGUACCUGCAGUGCAGAUAUAUUCCAGUAAGGAUUUGGAGGACUCUUUGAAUAAGAUCCGAGAAAUUUUGUCAGAUGACAAGCAAGACUGGGAGCACCGCAUCACUGCUCUGAAGAAAGUGCGGUCACUGGUUCUGGCUGGUGCAACUGAGCAUGAGGGUUUCCUUCAACAUCUACGUCUUUUAGAAGGUGCCUUCAAGAUGUCAGCUAAAGAUCUUCGGUCACAAGUGGUUCGAGAGGCCUGUAUCACGUUCGGGCAUCUGUCUUCAGUGUUGGGGAAUAAAUUCGAUCACGGGGCUGAAAGCAUUAUGCCUACGCUGCUCAACCUGGUGCCCAACAGCGCCAAAGUUAUGGCCACAUCCGGAAUGGCAGCCAUCCGCAUCAUCUUACGACAUACACACUUCCCACGCCUUAUCCCGAUCAUCACCAGCAAUUGCACUUCUAAAUCUGUGGCUGUUCGAAGACGGUGUUAUGAGUUUUUAGACCUGUUAUUGCAAGAAUGGCAGACACAUACUCUAGAGAGGCAUGUGGCGGUUCUCACUGAGACCAUCAAGAAGGGGAUCCAUGAUGCUGACUCUGAGGCCAGAUCUGUGGCCAGAAAGUGUUAUUGGGGAUUCCAUGGCCAUUACAGUCGGGAGGCAGAGCACCUGUUUCAGGCGUUGGAAUCGACCUAUCAGAAGGCCCUACAGUCCCAUCUGAAGAGUUCUGACAGUAUAGUGUCUUUACCGCAGUCCGACCGCUCCUCCUCAAGCUCGCAGGAGAGCCUCAAUCGACCGAUGUCAGUGAAGAGUGUUAUUGGAGGCCCCGUUACAAGAAGUAAAGUGAUCAGCUCUAGGGUGUCCUCAACCCCUGGUGCCCUCCAGCGUUCCCGCAGCGACGUAGACGUGAACGCAGCCUCCAGUGCCAAAUCCCGCAUGUCCACCGCAACCUCCCCAUCUCCCUUCAGCUCUGCUGCAGCCUUGCCUCCAGGCUCCUACGCCUCCCUGGACGGUGCACCUGGUAAAAUAGAUGGUCGAGUGCGGACGAGAAGGCAGAGCUCAGGGAGUGCAGUCAACACCAAUAGCACGGUGACAGACAGCCGAGGUCGAAGCAGAGCUAAAGUGGUGUCUCAGUCCCAGCCCGGCAGCCGAUCCAGCUCUCCAGGGAAGCUCUUGGGACACGCAUAUGGCAGAAUUCCUAGAGCCACUGCCCCAACAACACCCUCAGAAAAGUACUCUAGGGUCCCACGAAGCCAAGGGUGCAGCCGUGAAACCAGCCCCAACAGACUGGGCCUAGCCCGGAGCAGUCGCAUCCCCCGCCCCAGCAUGAGUCAGGGGUGCAGCCGUGACACUAGUCGCGAGAGCAGCCGCGACACCAGCCCCGCUCGGGGCUUCACUCCUAUUGCCUCCCGACGUCACUCUCGCUCAACCAGCGCGUUGUCCACGGCUGAACCCGUGGGCCAGUCAGAUCGCUUUGGCCUGAUCCAUCAGGCUCGUAUUUCUGCAUCUGUCAAUGCUAUGAGGGUCCUGAACACUGGCACGGAAGUGGAGGCUGCCGUAGCUGAUGCUUUGCUGUUAGGGGACUCCAGGAAUAAGCGCAAGCCAGUGAGAAGGAGGUACGAGUCUGAUGACGAUGCCAACAGUGACGCAUCCAGUGCCUGCUCAGAGCGUUCCUAUAGCUCUCGUAAUGGAGGCAUUCCUCACUAUCUGCGUCAGACGGAGGAUGUCGCCGAGGUGCUAAAUCACUGCGCCAGUUCCAACUGGUCAGAGAGGAAGGAGGGCCUGCUGGGUUUGCAGAACUUGCUAAAGAGUCAGCGCAUUCUCAGCCGUGUGGAGCUGAAGAGGCUGUGUGAGAUCUUCACCAGGAUGUUUGCAGAUCCUCACAGCAAGGUGUUUAGCAUGUUCUUGGAGACUCUAGUGGACUUCAUCACUGUGCACAGAGAGGAUCUCCAGGACUGGCUCUUUGUACUGCUCACUCAGCUGCUGAAGAAAAUGGGAGCUGACCUCUUGGGCUCAGUCCAAGCUAAGGUCCAGAAGGCUCUGGACAUCACACGAGAUUCUUUCCCCUUCGACCAACAGUUUAACAUUCUAAUGAGAUUCAUUGUUGAUCAGACUCAAACCCCCAAUCUGAAGGUGAAGGUGGCCAUCCUGAAGUACAUCGAGUCCCUGGCACGGCAUAUGGACCCUGCUGACUUUGUGAACUCAAGUGAGACGAGAUUAGCCGUGUCUCGCAUUAUCACCUGGACCACAGAACCCAAGAGCUCUGACGUUAGAAAAGCCGCCCAGGUUGUGCUGAUCUCACUCUUUGAGCUGAACACUCCUGAGUUCACCAUGCUGCUGGGCGCUCUGCCUAAAACAUUCCAGGAUGGAGCCACCAAACUCCUGCACAACCAUCUGAAGAACUCAAGCAACACUAGCAGCGUGAGUUCACCGAGCAAUACAAUGGGCCGCACGCCACCCCGGCACCCCACCAGCAGGACCAGUCCUCUCACCUCACCCACAAAUUGCUCCCAUGGGGGUCUUUCACCCAGUAUGCUGGAGUAUGACACAGAGAACAUGAAUUCUGAUGAGAUCUUUAGCUCACUGCGUGGGGUCACAGAAGCCAUCCAGAGUUUCAGUUACCGCAGCCAAGAGGACCUGAAUGAGCCAAUCAGACGUGAUGGGAAGAAGGAUGAUGCUACUGGGAAGGAAGGGGCAUCUCCGGGGUCUGAUGCAAGGAUGGGAUUGGAUGUAGUGGAGGGUGGUCGAACCGCUUUGGAUAACAAAACAUCUUUGCUCAACACACCGUCCCCGCGGUCUUUCGCUGUGCCACGGUCGAGAGAGUUUGCACCCUAUGGCUACGGAGACACGAUCACGGCCUAUGACAAAAGUGCCCUGAAAGAGGCCGUCUUUGACGACGACGUGGAGCAGUUCCGAGACUGCCGUCGGCAAGACUGUGGUGAGAACAAGAUGGUGCUGCCCAAGGGCUUUACUCCUGAUUUGGUGGCAGACCUGCUGAAGGAGCUGUCUAAUCACAACGAGCGAGUGGAGGAGAGGAAGGGGGCGUUGAUCGAGCUGCUGAAGAUCGCCCGUGAAGACAGCCUGGCUGUGUGGGACGAGCACUUCAAAACAAUCCUAUUGCUGCUGUUGGAGACACUCGGGGACAAAGAUCACACUAUCCGAGCACUGGCUUUACGGGUUCUGAAGGAGAUCCUGAGGAACCAGCCAGCGCGCUUCAAGAACUAUGCAGAACUCACCAUCAUGAAAACACUAGAAGCCCACAAGGACUCUCAUAAAGAGGUGGUAAGGGCAGCUGAAGAGGCUGCCUCUACAUUGGCCAGCUCCAUUCACCCAGAGCAAUGCAUCAAGGUGCUGUGUCCCAUCGUACAGACCGCAGACUACCCCAUCAACCUGGCUGCUAUUAAGAUGCAGAGCAAAGUGGUUGAGCGCAUUGCCAAGGAGUCCCUGCAUCAGCUGCUGCCAGACAUCAUCCCUGGCCUCUUACAAGGCUAUGAUAACACAGAGAGUAGCGUUCGCAAGGCCAGCGUGUUCUGUCUGGUGGCCAUCUACUCAGUGAUUGGUGAGGAGUUGAAGCCACACUUGGCCCAGCUCACAGGUAGCAAGAUGAAGUUGCUAAAUCUGUAUAUUAAGAGGGCCCAGACCAUCAACAGCAACAGCAGCAGUUCUUCAGACGUGUCCUCUCACAGCUAGCUGGGUGGACUCUAAUCAGUGCCCUACAUGUGCAUUUGGGAACAUAGUUGUGCCUCCUCCAGACAUCUUUUUUUAUUGUUUCAUCACAAUCUUGCUGGAUUUUCCCAGAGAGAUGUGUUGCUCACUGCAAUCAGACUUUUCUUUUCAUCAAGUCCUGGAAACCUCUUAGUUAGUCUCUAUUGCAUCUUUCCAUCUGUGGAAUGUUGAAUGUAAAGGGGCUCGAAUCAAGGAAAAUGCAUGCAGAUCUUCCGUGAUAGGCAUUGCUUCCUUAAUUUUAGGCUUUCUUCAGCUUCUGAACAGGUGAUUCGUUAACUACAUUUAUUAAUAAUAACUUAUUGAUGUUUGCAAGUGGUGUUAAAGGUUUAGUUGAGUUAUUUGGAUAUUUUAAAUGGGCACAGUUGGGUUAACUUAUACCCCACUUGAAUCUCAGUGGAUCAUUUGGCUGGCCGAGUGAUAAAUGUAAAGAAAAGAGAAGUAAUUUGUAGGUUUGGCUACAAUGACAACCAAAAAAACAAAAGUAGGAUUAAAACACUCUUUUAUUAAUUUUUAUUUCAUGGGACUGCAAUACCACAUCCCUUUAUGUUGAAAGUGAAAGCAAUUGUGGUGGUUUUAUUAUAGAAUGGAUUGUGUGUUAAAAAUGUGGGCCUCACUACAGAACACAAGGACAAACUACUGAAUGUAGAGCUUUUCCUUUUAUCUUUGGGGGAGUGAAGGGUUUCGUAAGUAAACAUGCGAGACAGAACACACACAGUCAUUUAAAAAGUUCACGAACACUCGAAUGAAGUUGAAAACGUGACCUGGAGCAUCUUCAGUCAAGAAACAAUGAAUGAAACCGAUUUACACUUUGUUCUUGGAGCAAGAGGAUUGUGAUGGAAAUUUCAAAACUACUAUGCCUUGCGUUCCUUUUUCUGUUUAAAAAAAAACUCAAGACUGUUAAGAUAUACGUGUCCACAGGCAUUCUUACUACAUUGCUGAAGCAUGACACUGCAAAGUUCACCACGUGUCUACGGCACUAAUGAUAAACCCUCUCUGGCUCAAGAACUAGAUGUUAUGUUCUCUGAAAGGUCUGAACUCUUUCAUUUUCCUUGUUCAUCUGGAGAACAUCCAUCUGAUGUUGUGUUUUGUACAUACCUUUCAAUCAUUGCUUCUCACUCCCCCACAAAAUUAAGGUAAAGAUGUUGCACUCUUUGCACGUUAACAAAUAGCCUGCAUGUUUUGAUGACAUAACCAUCCCGUGCUGCCGUGACUGACCUAAGUUUGGCUGUUUGUGAAAACUUGCCAUGUCGGCAAUCUGGUCAGUCUGUAAAUACAGUAUUAUUAUUGUUAUUAUUAAUAUGUUGCCCAUGUGGGGAAGUAGACAAGUGCAAAAACUCAAAUGGGUCUCACAGAGUUGACCAAAAUGCCUGUCCUCAGACUGAACCAGACCACAUUAGAAAUUUAGGACAGACAUUUAAAAAGCACCCUACUUUUAGUAUUAUAUACUGAGGCUUGUGGCUUUUAUUGGUAUGCUAAGUGUGCGUACCCUUGUUUGAUUCAGAGUUUCUUUCUUAUGGUUUUUAACCGAUUCAGACCAUGAACUAUCAUUUUGGUUUAGACUGGGGUUAUUCAUAAUUAAUCCGUUUAUAAAAGGACAAAGCCAACUGUGAGGAUCAACAUUGCAAGUAUUAAGUCGCCCCUUGGGUUUCCUGAAACGUUGACCUCUAAUGUUAUUACAUCAAAUUGUUCACUACGCA